CUGAGCUGCUGAGCGGAGAGGUUCCUAUAAGGUGUCAGGAUGUCGCUGUCUAUUUCUCCAUGGAGGAGUGGGAGUAUUUACAAGAACACAAGGAUCUGUACAAGGACGUCAUGAUGGAGAAUCGCCAGUCCCCCACAUCACCGGAUGGAUCCAGGCAGAGAAAUCCACCAGAGAGAUGUCCUAGUCCUCAGUAUUCCCAGGACUGUCCAGAGGAGAAACCAAAUAUCCCACUGGAUCAUCAGGAAAUGGCCGAUGGAACAACAAGUGAACUGGAAAAAUCCAUACCAGCGUCUGUGAAUGGUGAAGACUGGAUGAGUGACUCCCAUGGACAUCUCCAUUUAUCUUCCUAUCAUAAAGCAGAAGAUAACAAUACCACACAAGCUAAUCCAAUAGCUCCUAAUGUGGACUCAGUCUUUCACAUUGAAGAUCUAUCCACCAAUACUGCUGAUCACAAGAAAUCUUCUUAUAGUCAAUUACUGGUUGGCAGAACCAGAACUAUACAGAAACGUGGAAAAAUAUUUCCAUGUGAGAAACAGUUAAAAAAAGAAUCCAAUCGUUCUUUGCAUGAGAGAAAUCACAGAGAUAAAAAGUCAUUUUCAUGCUUUCAAUGUGGAAAAUCUUGUACCAGUCAAUUCAGUCUAGAUGAACAUCAGAGAACUCACACAGGGGAGAAGCCAUUUAUCUGUCCUGAAUGUGGGAAGGAAUUUGGUGCUAAAUCAUUUCUUAGAAAACAUUUGAGAACACACACAAGAGAGAAGCCAUUUUCAUGUCCCGAAUGUGGGAAAUGUUUUAAUCAGAAAUCUCAUCUUGAGAACCAUCUAAGAAUUCACACAGGAGAGAAACCAUUUUCAUGUUUAGAAUGUGGGAAAUGUUUUAACCGUCAAUCAAGUUUUGCUCGGCAUCAGAGAAGUCACACAGGGAAAAAGCCAUUUUCAUGUCUUGAAUGUGGGAAAUGUUUUAGUCUGAAAUCACAUCUUGGUAUACAUCUGAGAACUCACACAGGAGAGAAGCCAUUUAUGUGUCCUGAAUGUGGGAAGUAUUUUGGUGCAAAAUCAACGCUUAUAGAACAUCUAAGAAUUCACACAGGAGAGAAGCCAUAUAUGUGUUCUGAAUGUGGAAGGCACUUUGGUGCGAAAUCAUUGCUUAGAAAACAUCAGAUAACUCACACAGGGGAGAAGCCAUUUUCGUGUUCAGAAUGUGGGAAAUGUUUUAGCCGUCAAUCAAGUUUAAUUCGUCAUCAGAGAAGUCACACAGGGAAGAAGCCAUUUUCAUGUCUUGAAUGUGGGAAAUGUUUUAGUCAUAAAUCAAAUCUUAAUAUACAUCUGAGAACUCACACAGGAGAGAAGCCAUUUAUGUGUCCUGAAUGUGGGAAGUAUUUUGGUGUAAAAUCAUUGCUUAUAGAUCAUCGAAGAAUUCACACAGGAGAGAAGCCAUUUAUGUGUCCUGAAUGUGGGAAGCACUUUGGUGCGAAAUCAUUGCUUAGAAAACAUCAGAGAACUCACACAGGAGAGAAGCCUUUUGUAUGUCCUGAAUGUGGAAAGUAUUUUGCUGUGAAAUUAUUGUUUAUAGAACAUCUAAGAAUUCACACAGGAGAGAAGCCAUAUUCAUGUUCAGAAUGUGGGAAAUGUUUUAACCGCCAAUCAAGUUUUGUUCGGCAUCAGAGAACUCACACAAGGUAGAAGCCAUAUUCAUGUCUUGAAUGUGGAAAGUUCUUAAGUCAGAAAUCUCAUCUUGAACUGAAUUUUGGAAGUAUUUUGUGCGAAAUCAUAGCUUAUAGAACAUGUUAUAACUCAUAUAGGGCAGAAGCCAUUUUCGUGUUCAGAAUGUGGGAAAUGUUUUACCCGUAAAUUAAGUUUUAUUCAGCAUCAGAGAACUCCCACAAGGUAGAAACCGUAUGUCCUGAAUGUGGGAAAUCAUUUAGUUUGAAAUCCAGUCUUGCUAAACAUGGGAGAACUCAUUCAGGGGAGAAGCCAUUUUGUAUAGUUUAGAUCGUAGUACAUGUGACAAGUUCCUUUUAACUUCCUGUCUGCUGUGACUAAUGCUGAUUGAUGCAUAGAGGGGGUCAGAACAAACAGACACCCCAUGUGGUUUCAUUCACACAUAACUAUGGAUAUAGUGAAUUAAGCUGUUGUCUUACUGGUCAGGAGUACAGGACAUUUCUAAUCUGUAUAAUUUCAUAAUAAAGAAGACACAACCGACAAAGGGGUUUUAUUAACUUAGAAAAAAUGGCUCCUUCCACAUGAUAAUGAAAAGGAAAAAUGUGCAACUCAUCAGGUUUGGACUAAAGGAAAUGCAGCCAGUGGAGAUGCUUUAUGUGGUCCUAAACUAAACCUACACUAUUAACCCUCCAAUCUAACUCUGUAUUGCAAUAAUUGCUGCUGAAGGUGAUGUCAUCAAGGCCAUAACAGGUGACGUCACAUCAGCUGGAGUCACAACCACUUGUACUGGAAAUGUAGAUAUGAUUCACAGAGCUGAAGAUGAAGAAAACCCUAAUAUUCAUUUUUUUUAUUAGAUUCCCCAAUAGGAAAACAUCUACUAAAGGGGGAUAUUACUGGUAUAGUAGGUAUAAUUUUUUACCUCUGAUCUGUCACUUCCGGAUGUGCCGGAAACAUCCAGAUCCUCAUCAGAUCCCAUUAUAAUCAAUUUGGGUUUUCAGUGUUUCUAUUCUAUGAAUGUUCCUUUUUUGGGGGGUGGGAAUUCAGUGUUUACUUGAGCUUCCUUCUGCAAUGA